AUGUGCUUGACCCCGCGUCCGAUUUGGCAGCCGGGAGGGCAUUGGGAGAUGUUUGGCGUUUUCUCGGUAUUGGAGAGUGGCGAUGGCGUUGUCUCGCUCGAUUAUGGCGUUGUUACGUUCGGCGAUGGCGGAGUCGCGCUGGAGAAUGGCCAUGUCGCGUUCGGCGAGGGCGGCCUUUUUUUCAGAGAGGGCGAGGUUGCGUUCUUGGAUGGCGGCGUCUCGUUCGGCCAUGAUCGACAUUAUUUGUUUCAUCGAAGGCUGGUGCUGCAUCAGCCACUGAACCAGGGGAAAAAAAAAAGCAAAUUUUUGGGUUGA